CAACAAUUCCUAUUCACCUAAAGCAUGCAUCAUCUUCAGCUUAAGAUGGGAAGACAGAGCCACAUUAAUCUUCUUUUGAUAUGGCUCCUGCUCGCAACUUCUCAAUACCACCACUACAUUAUUAAUGCUCAAGCUCUUGAAUCAGUUCAGUUCAAGCUCAAUCCUGCACUGCACAGUUCAAGGCCAGGCUCGGGAACCAGAUAUGCUUUACCUACUCGGGUAAGUGAAAGGAAGAGGAUUCAUAAAACUCCAUCAGGACCCAACCCAGCAGGCAAUCAUCGCCCACCAUCUAAGCAAUGAACAAUUAUCACUUGUACUUAACAUAGUAAGUAGAACUAAUUAAGGAUCAUUACAUUGGUUAGAGACCAGAGAAUGUCAGCUGUUUUCAUGUAUGUCGGACAACCUCACCUUUGAGGUACGUGCUAGUACAAAAUUGGGAUUUAGAAGAGUUAAAUUCUAGUUGGGUCUAUACCUGAGCAAAUGUUUAGUGUAAGAUAACAUGUAUGUCAAUCCUGAAAUUACAAGACUACAUCUAUGCAAAAACUCAAGCCAUGAA